AUGAAGCGCCGCGAAGUAUCAUUGAGUUCAUCUCGUCGUUCCUCCAUUUCAGAGCGUGGAUCUGCCCGUGGCAGGGGUUCGGCUCGUCGGCUGUACGACAACGAACUCACUCGUGCCUUGUAUGACGAUUCUGGUCAUAAAAUCGCAACUGGUCCUGGCAGGCAUGCGGACCCUCUAGUUCCCGAUCUCGACCUGCGUCCUAGAUCCGCUAGGGUUCAAGAGUCUCCAAGAAGUGGCAGACGUGGAAGGAUCCCCAAGGCACAGAAGCAAGCCGCAGAGUCUGCUCGUUUGGCUGCUGCAGCCCAUGAGCACCGUCCAGAGGAUAAGCCAAGCUCCCGCAAGAGGGGACGUGAGCCCUCCCAGGAACCAGAGAAGAAAGUAAAGAGAGCCAGGACCGGAUUAUGGUUCCUUACAGAUAACUUUUUGGUGCGAUUCUUCUCCGGCAUCAAGACAAAAUUGUUCGGAUAG